CCGCCGAUGCUAAGAGCUCUAGCACCUGCCAAGUCCCCCCAUUACCCACCUUCCCACACUCAGAAGCCUCUUUGGUGGAAUGCUAAUGGGAGGGAGUCUUGCCUCUCCAGAGGCAGGAAGGGCUGGCCCCCAUGCCCCCCGGGCCUCUGAGAAGUGGGUGCAGGAGAACAACACUCGCGAGGGGACCUCCUUCACCCUGGGAGAGGGUGGCCUCUUUGCUAUUUCACAGUCACAGGCUGAAUCCUUCACUUGCCCCUGCUCACUGUGCAGGUAUGCUCACUGCCAGCUUUAGGGAGGCCAGAAACCAACCUGCUCCUGCAAAAAGAAUCCGGGCUUGUUCUGAGUGCCUGGUGCAGGCCAGGCAAGUGGGACACUGUUGCAUGAGGAGGGGGCAGUGCCUCUCGCUCUUGGGCCUGAUGCCAAGGGAGGUGGCCUGUCCCCAUCGCAUGCAGACAUCCUGGCCAUCCCAGCCACACGUGCACGUGAGAGGCUGGGCACUGGCAGGGUUCCUGAGGAACCGGAUGAUGCGGUCGUCUGCCUGCAUCCUUCCUCUUGUGAAUGUAAGGGGCCAGUUCCCAGCCAAAGCCCCACCUGGGGCCUUCAUGUUUCGUCCCCAACAGGCCUACUGUCUGGCUCCUUUUGACCUCAUCAAAGUCCGGCUACAAAACCAGACAGAGCCAGUGGCCCAGCCGGGUAGCCCCCCACCCCAGUACCAGGGGCCCGUGCACUGUGCAGCCUCCAUCUUCCGGGAGGAGGGGUACCGGGGGCUGUUCCGAGGAGCCUGGGCCCUGAUGCUGAGGGACACCCCCACGAUGGGGAUCUACUUCAUCACCUAUGAAGGGCUCUGUCACCAGUACACACCAGAAGGCCAGAAUCCCAGUUCAGCCACAGUGCUGGUGGCAGGGGGCUUUGCAGGCAUUGCUUCCUGGGUGGCAGCCACGCCCUUAGACGUGAUCAAGUCCCGGAUGCAGAUGGACGGGCUGAGACGCAGAGUAUACCAGGGGGUGCUGGACUGCAUGGUGAGCAGCGUCCGGCAGGAAGGACUGGGGGUCUUCUUCCGGGGGGUCACCAUCAACAGUGCCCGCGCCUUUCCCGUCAAUGCUGUCACCUUCCUCAGCUACGAAUAUCUCCUCCGCUGGUGGGGAUGAGCCCUGCGGCAAUGCCAAUGGCUCCCCAUCAGGCCCACGGCCCGGAAGCCAGUUUGAGAUUGGAGGCCAGGUUGAAAAUCUGCAGCUUGCAAAUCAGUGCAAGAGGCUCAGCCCUUCCUAACCAAGGCACCUCCCACCCGAGCAGAUCUGGGCUGGGCAGGUGCCUGCAGGAGCCAGAAGCCAGGGGGCCUGGGCAGCCUCCCUGUGUAGCUGGCCUUGACUCCUUUGCCUCCCACGUCUGUGAAACAGGGAGCAUGAGGCACAAGUGAGCUGGCAACAUCCCAGCCCCUGUCCUGUGCCGUCACCUCUUUUUUUUUUUUUUAUUUUGAGAUGGAGUCUUGCUCUGUUGCCCAGGCUAGAGUGUGGUGGAGCGAUCUCAGCUC